AUGGACACAGUCAUUCCCGGCGACAUUGCCGAUCAGCACGCAUCCAAUGCCCAGCGCAGCCGCGCGAGAAUCCUCAAUGAACACAAGCGUCGUGUCGGCAGCAAUGAGGAUCAGGAGUCGACCCAUUCGCUGAGAGAAAUGAACGAGAGUCGCGAGGCCUCGGGUCCACUGAGGGAGAUCAUAAACCAGCAGGACAGUCUCUAUAAGUACAUCAACUGGGAGGACCCCCUGAGGACUCUGGGCGCAUACUUUACUGCCCUUACUGCUCUGAUCGUCACACACUAUUAUCCAUGGACGCAGCUUGCUCUAAAGUAUGGCGCGAUUAGUCUUGGAGUGGUGUCCGUCACCGAGUUUGCAAACAGGCAGUUCACGUCCCAGACCCUUCUCUCGAGGUUGCGACCCACCGAGUAUCGCACCAUACCCGAGUCGACGCUCAACGCGACUCUCAAGGAUAUUCAUGAUUUCGUCCAGUAUACUGUUGUCAAGCUCCAGAAGGUCGCUCUAGGGCAGGAACUCGACCGAACGUUUGCCGCCUUCCUUGUCAUCACCAGCGUCUACUUCCUGAGCGGCAUUCUGUCGCCUUUUGGCUUCAUCAUCUUGGGCCUGACCUCCCUGUUCGUCGCUCCGCUCGUUACGUCCGCACGAGGGCGCGAGGUGGCUCGCGAUGCCAAGGUUCAAGCCGAGAAACUCGGAACUGCUGCCGCCGAUAAUGCAAACGCGCUCGCGAGCGGCGGCAAGGCCAAGUUGGCAGAGGGGUCUGCCAGGGUACGUGAGUCAGCUGCCGGCGUGCAGCAGCGCGUGGGAGGUGUUACGCAGGCAACCAGUCAGACGGCUGCGGAUCUGACAGGUCAGGUCCGCGAGACGGUGUCACACACGACCGAGGAUGUGAGAAAGCUGCCAGAGAUGGGAUCCAAUGCGCUGAGCUCGACAUCGGCAGGUGAUGAUGUGGCAGAGAAUGGCUCGGAACACUACACACACGAGGCUUCGCCUCUAGGCGACAGGCGUUCCGCCCCAGACGUCAACUUCACCACGAGGUACCCUGAAGUGGGGCAGGGCGAGGACGAGAGGUUCGGUUCAGUUCCUGGAACGGUUUCCAAGGUCCAGGUCUCGGAGGAGACGGCAUGA